GAGCGUUGGCCGGAAGCGCUGGAGCCGGCGCGGGCGCGCGAUGGAGGCCGAGGAGGUGCGCGGCCUGGAGGACGCCUUCGAGGAGCGCUUCGCCGCCGAGCUCGAGGUGCUGAGCGAGCUGGAAGAUGUCACGUCUUGGAUGCCAGCCCCCAAAAUCUCCCAGUUCCGGAAUAGAAAGCAGACAUUUGACGAAGCCAUCUCACCCGGGGACGCAGUUAAGGACUCCGCUGCUCCGGUCUGCGAGACGCACGAGGACAAGGACCCUCGAAAUGGGGUGGGAACGGGAGAUGCGAAGGCUCGGAAGCGGGAUCUGGAUUGUAGCCGCCGUGCUUCGGAGGAGGAGGUGGAGGAGCGUUCGGAGAGCUUGCUCCCGCAGGAGCCCGCGUCUGAGCUCACGCCCAAGCCGAAACGCCGGCGGCUCGAAGCUGUGAAGAAGCUGAACUUCAGCGUGGAGGGUGAACUGGCUUCUGAUUUCCCCCAGGAUGACAUCGCCCCACCUCCUUUCCCUGGGGCCUGCUCCAAGCUACCGAGUGCCAGGAGCCCAAACUUCCUGAGUCCGGAUAGCCUGGAGCUGAGCGACGUGGCUCCGCUGCGAUUGACGCCGCCACCCCUCGAGCGCAACCUCAGUCGGGUCCUCAAGCGCCCCCCCAUCCUGGAGGACUACGUCAACGUGACGUCAGCGGACGGCACCAGAGUCUUCAUGGUGCUGAGGGAAGAUUGCACCCGGACCGGAGUAGAGCUCCCAGGCUCUCUUGGCUGGAAUACGCACAGACCGCUUCACUUACUGGGAGUACCUUUUUCCUACCUAAAGGAGCAAGUGUAUGAAGAGCAUCACCAGCGGGUGUUGGAGGCUUCACAGCACCUAACGAAGCUGCUAGCCAGUCGUCUCGAUGACAGCGCUGGCAUGCCUGAAAAUGAGAACUCGGAGCCCAGCGAGGAAGCAGACCUGGCCAAUGAGGAGGAGGAAUCCACCCAGCACUGCCUUUGGGUCGAUAGAUUCACUCCCCGGCAUUACACGGAGCUGCUCAGCGAUGACUACACGAAUCGGUGCCUUCUGAAGUGGCUCAAACUGUGGGACACGGUGGUUUUCGGGAGGGAGAAGCCGGGGAAGAAGGCGAAGCCGAGCGAGAAGGGCCGGCCCCCGCUCAAGCAGCUGAAAGAACAGCAGAACAAGUGGAAGAGCAAGACCCAGGUCACGGAGGAGAUUUUGGAGGCUGAGCUGGACCCUCACAAGCGCCCCAAGUAUAAGGUAGCGUUGUUGUGUGGCCCACCGGGCUUGGGGAAAACCACGCUGGCCCACGUUAUCGCCAAGCAUGCUGGCUACAACGUGGUGGAGAUGAACGCCAGCGAUGACCGCAGCCCGGACGUCUUCAAAACCCGUACUGAAGCUGCCACACAGAUGAAGUCCGUGUUGGGGGCCAACGAGAAGCCCAAUUGCCUGGUCAUUGAUGAAAUAGAUGGCGCGCCCAUUGCCUCAAUUAACGUGCUGCUGAGCAUCGUCAACCGUAAGGACGCGGAGCCAGAGCCCACAGCCAGCACCAGCGGGGCAGGUGGCAAGAGGAGGCGGCGAGAGGGCGGCCUCCUCUUACGGCCCAUCAUCUGCAUUUGCAACAACCAGUACGUCCCCUCUCUGAGGCAGCUGAGGCAGCAGGCUUUCCUCUUAAACUUCCCCCAGACUGCGCCCUCCAGACUGGUGCAGCGGCUCUGCGAGAUUGCCCUCCGGCAGGGCAUGAAGGCAGACAUGGGAGCGCUUACGGCGCUGUGCGAGAAGACGGAGAACGACAUCCGGUCCUGUAUAAACACCCUGCAGUUCUUGCACGGCCGGGGCAAGAAGGAGCUGAGCGCGAGGAUGGUGCAGACGAUGAAAAUUGGCUUGAAGGACCAGAACAAGGGGCUCUUCUCCAUUUGGCAAGAGAUCUUCCAGCUCCCUAGGAUUCAGAGACACAGAAUAGGAAUGGACCCUUCUGUGCCGAACCAGAUCCUCCUGGGAGGCGAUGACGGCUUGCUGAAUGUGACUGGGGGCAGGACUGGUCUUAACACCUCGUCCCAAAGGUUCCUGCGCAUCCUGCAUCUCGCCACCACCUCUGGGGAGCAUGAGAAACUCACUCAGGGCCUGUUCGACAACUACCUGAACAUGAAGUUGAAGGAUUCCAGUUUCGGCUCGGUGUGCGCGGCCCUGGAGUGGCUGGGCUUCUCCGACGUCAUGAACCACACCAUCCUGCAUGGCCAAAACUUCCAGCUCCUGAGAUACCUGCCCUUCCUCCCCGUCGCCUUCCACCUGCUCUUCGCUUCCUCCAGCAUCCCCAGACUGGCCUAUCCCAACAGCCAGCAUGAGGCCCUGACCAAACUGAACCAGAUGCAAAACCUCAUCCUGUCCAUGAUAUCAGGGAUCACGCCCAGCUCCCGGAGCCGUGCAGGGAUGCAGCCCCUGGUCCUCGAGGUGCUGUGUCUGCUCCUGGAUAUCAUCUCCCCAAAGCUGCGGCCGGUGAACACGCAGCUGUACAGCCUCAAGGAGAAGCAGCAGCUGGCCAGCCUGAUCAGCACCAUGCUGGCCUACAACCUCACCUACCACCAGGAGCGCACGCCGGAGGGGCAGUACAUCUACCAGCUUGACCCGAACGUGGAAGACGUCUGUAGGUUCCCAGACCUCCCAGCUCGGAAGCCAUUGACUUACCAAGCCAAGCAGCUCAUUGCAAGAGAGAUUGAGCUGGAAAAGAUGCGGAGGACGGAAGCCGUGCUGCAAGCCCGCAACGCCAGCCAGGACCCUGAAGGCAACCCAGGUAAAACGGAAGAGAAGCCGGGUGUGAAGGUUGAGACGGGCAAGGCCAGUGGCAUCCGCAACCACGAGCAGCGUCUGGAGCACAUCAUGAAGAACGCCGUGUUCGAUGAGAAGCCGGCAACUGAUUUCUUUGGGCGGCAAAUCAUCAAGAAACGGGUUUCUCCAUCAGCAGCAGCGGCCAGUCCAGCAUCGGAGCAGGACUCUGUCGAGAAGCAGAUCGGGAAGGCUGUCGGGAAGAGCGACGUGUGGUUCCGAUUUAACGAGGGCGUUUCGAACGCCGUCAGGCGCAAUCUUUACGUUAAGGACUUGCUCUAGCGAGAAGCCGCAAAACCGAGGAAAUGGCACGUUGCAGAACAGAAAGAAAAACCUGCCUCUCGGCUCCCCGCCUGCUACGUGGCACUUGUGAGGACGAGCCUCCUUCUUACUUUGUUACCCCGCUGUUGUUGGUUUUUUUGUAAAAUAUGAACAAAA